GUUAGAACAAUGAACAGAAAGAACAAUAAACAGCCAUGACAGAUUCUAAAGAAGAGAGACUCAGAGAGAAAAUUAUAAGAAUCUUUCAAUGAGCAAACCCAGAACAGUAAAGCUGUUCAGCCCGUCACUAUCGAAGCUAGUCCAGUUGGUGGCAUGGGACGAGCAGAGACUGGACGUUGGGUCCAUAGCCAGAGCUUUUGGUCUUCACCCAUCAACGGUGAAGCUCAAUGGUCACUUUAUCAGCAGAGGGGUCGAUCUUGUAUCCACUUCUGUUACUUGGAGAUCGCUGCUCAAGUUUUUCUCUGCUAAGGGAUUGUCUACGGGAAAAGAUGAUCAGGACGCACUUAUUGUGGAUGGCAAGCUCUGUAAAUUAGGAAGUAAAAGAUCACAUGACUCUCAAGAUGCUGUAGAUAAGGAAAUUAGCAGUAGUCAUAAGCCACCGUCUGAAGAAAUCAACUCGCUCAAGAAUAAGAAGCUGAGAGACGGCAGCUCAGGAGGUGAUCAGAAUCAUAAUGCGUCCAUACCCAUAAGCAAUGGAAUUGGCUUCAAGAGAAAGCAAUUGCUGGAAGAUGUUGGUUUGCUGAAGAAGUUAAAAAUAAAUGAAUCAAGUUCAGAUUUUCCGGGAAAAGGAGCUAACUGCUCUAGCACCAUUUCAAGUACACAACUAAAAUGCAGUUACUUGAGUGAGAAUGUGAAACGACCUAGGGAACACGAGGUGAUCGUUGCCACUCCUUGCAAAAGAAUACGAUGAGACUCCUGUUUGCCCAUUGACCUUAAAAUUUGUAAAAUCUUGUGAUGUAAUGGAUGAUAAUAUGUCUUUUAUAGAGCCCGAAAUGUAAUGUGAGUGAUUUGCUGA